UCCGCCGUCCUCUUCUCUCUUCUCGCCCUCCGCCGACCCAAUCCAACGACGUCAGAAUACCCUUACCCGCUCCUUUUGGUGCCGAUCGCCGCCUGGGUCGGAUCGCGUCACCGACCGAGGAGUUUACAUGGUCAUCUCAGCGGAGACGCCGGCCACGCCGCCAGAUCCUGCCGUCGCUAUGGCGACCAAGGAGGCUUCGGUCCCUCGCGGAGGGACGCGGGGGAGUCUCCUCCAUAACUUCUCCUUCCCGAUCUUGGAGACGUUGGGGGGCCACGAGGCGCUACGCUGCAUGAGCGGGAACGGCGAAGGGGAGGCCGUCGCCGACGGCGGCCGGAGAUCGACGGGCUCAUCCGAGGUAGGCGAGCUGCGGAUCCGUGUCCCGAGUAGUGGGGACGAAGACGACCCGGGGAUCGAGGAGGUCAGGGAGAAGCUGCUGGUUCACCUGCGGGAGGCGGCGGACCGGAUGAAGCGGGUGGUCCAGCAUCUGGCCAGGAGGGGCGGAGUGCCCGAGCCGGCGAGGGCAGCGGAGGCGAGGCCGAGUCCUGAGGCGGACACGUCUGCCGCUCUGCCGUGGAACCUGAGGACGAGGCGCGGGGCGGCAAGGUCUCCGGCGGGGACCGAGCGGCACUUGAGCGGGUCGCCGACGGUCGCGGCUGAGAAGAGAACUGUGCGCCUUAGGUUGGAGGCUCCCGAGCGGAGGGAGCGGCCCAAGUUCUCGAUCUCGCUUACAAGGGAGGAGAUCGAGGAGGACAUCUACGCCUUGACGGCGCGCAGGGCUCGCAGGCGGCCAAGGCGGCGCCCAAGGGCCGUUCAAAAGCAGCUCGAGUCGCUAUUCCCUGGCUCGUCCCUGUCGGAGAUCAACGCCGCCACGUACAGGGUUCCGAGCUAGAGAUAUAACCUUACGUGCGGUGACGCGACAACUUCUUCUCCGUCAAAGUCCCGAGUUGCUCGCGCCGAUUUCUCAGGGCUUCUUAGAGGCAUAGUAGGAAAAAUUUAGUCAUUCCUCAUUCUCUUAGAUACGUCGAUGUGUAAUUGGUCUAUUUAGAUCAAAGGAGUUCAUGUGGAUGUUGCUGUGUUUGCAAUGGAUUGUAAUGACAUCUUCUUCAGAACGCUGGUGGUUCGAUGGGCUCAAAGAUGAAAGCUUUGGUUACUUGCGAACGAGAAGAAACAAGAGGAAGCAUUUUCUUCGCUGGAUCGACAAUGGUCGUCGGAUUAGGGGCAGCGGUGGCGCUGACACGGAUGUGGUAGGUCAACCCUGUGAUCGGAAGCCGUCAUGGUCGUCCCCGUGACCGCACCUCGACCUCCAACGCGGUGUCUUUUGUUUUGUUUUUUGUUGAAGGAAAGAAACACCGUAUUGAAAACUCA